UAGCACGCUUGCGCGACUGUCACAGGGCUGCUUGGUUGGUCAGUGGGGAGUCGGCGCCUGCGUACUAAGACCCGUGUGCAGCAGCGGCGGCGAUAGAAGCGGCGGCGGCAGCAGCGGGCUCGGAGGCAGCGGUUGGGCUCGCGGCGAGCGGACGGGGUCGGGUCAGUGCGUUCGCGCGAGUUGGAAUCGAAGCCUCUUAAAAUGGCAGAUGACUUGGACUUCGAGACAGGAGAUGCAGGGGCCUCCGCCACCUUCCCAAUGCAGUGCUCAGCAUUACGUAAGAAUGGCUUUGUGGUGCUCAAAGGCCGACCAUGCAAGAUUGUGGAGAUGUCUACCUCCAAGACUGGCAAGCACGGCCACGCCAAGGUCCACCUGGUUGGUAUUGACAUCUUUACUGGGAAGAAAUAUGAAGAUAUCUGCCCGUCAACUCACAAUAUGGAUGUCCCCAACAUCAAAAGGAAUGAUUUCCAGCUAAUUGGCAUCCAGGAUGGGUAUCUGUCACUGCUUCAGGACAGCGGGGAAGUGCGAGAGGACCUUCGCCUGCCUGAAGGAGACCUUGGCAAGGAGAUUGAGCAGAAGUAUGACUGUGGAGAAGAGAUCCUGAUCACGGUGCUGUCCGCUAUGACAGAGGAGGCAGCUGUUGCAAUCAAAGCCAUGGCAAAAUAACUGGCUCCCGGGGUGGCGGUGGUGGCAGCAGCAGUGAUCCUCAAGCCUGCAGAGGCCCCCUUCCCCAGCUCUGGCCCAGCUCUGGCCCGGCCCACGGCUGGAUUCCUACACAAUUUAUUUGACGUUUUAUUUUGGUUUCCCCUACCUCCCCCUUCAGUCUGUUGGGGAGUGCCUGCCCCUCGCCCUGCUCCCUUGGCCAGGAGCGAACCAUGGCCUUGGUGAAGCUGCCCCUUCUCUUCUCCCCGCGCACUACAGCCCUGGUGGGGGAGAGGGUGGGUGCUGCUUGUGGUUUAGUUUUUGGUUUUGUUUUUUUUUAAUUUGGAAUCAAAGCUGUGGAUUCUGGCAAAUGAUCCGUGUACCCUUUUCCUACUCAUCCCUAAUCUGGUCCCAUAUUCUCUAUAACCCUUUAUUACCCCAGCACCACCCACACACAAACUGGGGACCAGCCCCCUCCCUUGCCUAUUUCUCUCCCCAAGUCCCUUUAAAAGGGGAGGGAAGAGGAGGAGAGGGGAGGGGACCUGCCCCCUCUUCAGGCAUCUGGGAGGGCCCUGGUCCCAUGGGCUUCACCCUUUUCCUGCGGGCUCUCUCCCCAACACAUUUGUUAAAAAUCAAACCUGAAUAAAACUACAAGUUUAAUAUGAA